AUGUUAUUUGGAGUGGGCGUGCUGCCCAUCGGGGGCGCAGUACGGCGGGCCAGAGCACCGCGCCUCGCGGAUAUACCCAGACACUCGGCUGUGGACGUCUCCAAUGGAUCCAACAGGGAACACGACAGCAGAUGGCCCUCAUCAGAUAACAAUAGGCUGUCCACAUACACAGCGACCGGCGACCGGUCGACUCUGCUACGGUCACACGCAGCCAAGUCUGCAGAGUGCAGUGGUCAGACCUCGCCGCGACCUCGGCGGCUCCCGAGAGAGUCCCGGCGAGUGUCCCUCGCACAGGCUUCUGGUUACGUCCAGCUCAACCAGUAUAGACUCCUGGAGCCUAUUGGACAGGGUUCGUACGGCAUCGUUAAGUUAGCGUACAAUGAAGAAGACGAUACGCACUACGCAAUGAAGAUUCUGUCAAAGCGGAAGCUGAUGCGGCGAGCCGGCCUGUUCGGCAGGACCCCACCUAGAAGACCAGGGCCUGGUCCUCCACCGGAUCCUCUGCAACGUGUGUACCGGGAAAUUGCUGUACUUAAGAAACUGGACCAUCCUAAUGUUGUUAAAUUAGUUGAGGUUUUAGAUGAUCCAGCGGAAGACCAGUUGUACUUGGUGUUCCAGCUGCUGGAAGGUGGACCAGUCAUCGACAUCCCCACUGAGAAUCCACUGAGUGAACCCCUCGCCAGGAAGUACUUCAGGGAUGUUGUUUUAGGGGUAGAAUACUUGCACUACCAGCGGAUCGCUCAUCGGGAUAUCAAGCCUGCCAACCUGCUCCUCGGUGAGGGUCGUGUCCAAGUGGCAGACUUGGGAGCAUGCGGCGAGCUGGCCGGUGGUGGUGGUAGACUGUCCGGUGCAGUUGGUACUCCUGCUUUCAGAGCGCCAGAGGCCACGGCACAAGCAGAUAAAUAUAUUGGAGAGGCUGCAGACAUCUGGUCAUUAGGGGUUACUCUAUUCGCGAUGGUCACGGGCCGAGUACCCUGGGUCGGUCCAACAGCGAAUGAACUCCAACGAAGGGUACUAGAAGAACCCCUGACGUUCCCUCAAAAACCGCAACUGUCGACGAGUCUGAAGGAUCUACUGAGUAGGAUGCUUGACAAAAAUCCCACAACGAGAGUCACUAUGCAGGAAAUUAAGGAACAUGAUUGGGUCACGGAUGAUGGUAAAGAGACGUUACCAUCCGAGCAAGAGAACUGCCGGUUGGUGGAAGUGACUGACGAGGAUAUGGCCCGCGUGGUCACCUCCAUACCCAACUUGUCAACUUUAAUCCUGAUCAAGACCAUGCUGAAGAAGCAUAGCUUUCAGAACCCGUUCCUGCGAAGUCGGGAAGGGAGCGCGGCGCGGCGCGGGGGCGGCUCGGACGCGGGCCCGGGGGCCGCCGCCUCCCCGGGGGCGGCGGGGGGCGCGGCGGGGGGCGCGGCGGGGGGCGCGGCCGCGGCGGGGGCACGUCGCCCAGGGCUGGCCCGCGCGGGGCGCUCGCUCUCCGCCCCGGGGAACUAUCUCAUUCACAGACAACAAUCUUUCGACAUAGGACUGGAAUCGGUGGACGAGUCUCGCGACCAGAGCCAAGACAAAGACAAGAAUUCACCGACAGAGCGCGUGAAGUCCGCGCGGUGA